AUGGGGGAGUGGGUUGUUGGAGCUUUCAUCAACCUUUUUGGUAGUCUUGCUAUAAACUUUGGGACCAACCUUCUCAAAUUAGGACAUAAUGAGAGAGAAAGACAUUUACUUGGAAGUGAUGGGGCACAUGGAAAGGUGACUCUGAAGCCUAUUAUAUACUUUCAGAGUUGGAGAAUCGGUAUCCUAUUUUUCUUUCUUGGAAAUUGCCUUAACUUCAUUUCCUUUGGCUACGCCGCCCAGUCACUUCUUGCAGCUUUGGGAUCUGUUCAGUUUGUAUCUAACCUCGCAUUUGCUUACUUUGUGUUGAACAAAGUAGUGACAGUCAAGGUACUGGUUGCCACGGCUUUCAUUGUUCUUGGAAAUGUUUUUCUAGUUGCUUUUGGCAAUCACCAAUCACCUGUUUAUACUCCAGAGCAGUUGACAGAGAAAUAUACCAAUGCCGCAUUCCUUCUGUACCUUCUAGCUUUGAUUGUAAUUGUUGUCUUGCAUCACUCCGUUUACAAGAGAGGUGAACUUCUGAUUGCUGUAUCAGGACAUGAGCUCAAACCCUUUUGGAGUAUGCUAUUGCCAUUUUCUUAUGCUGUAGUUUCAGGGGCUAUAGGUUCAUGCUCAGUGUUGUUCGCUAAAUCACUUUCUAAUCUCUUACGACUGGCUUUGUCCAAUGGUUAUCAGUUGCACAGCUGGUUCACAUAUUCCAUACUUCUUUUAUUUCUCAGUACUGCUGGAUUUUGGAUGACCAGGUUGAAUGAGGGAUUGUCCUUGUUCGAUGCAAUUCUUAUUGUUCCCAUGUUUCAGAUAGCAUGGACCCUCUUCUCAAUUUGUACGGGAUUUAUAUAUUUUCAGGAAUAUCAGGUAUUUGACACAUUAAGGACAACAAUGUUUAUACUUGGAAUGAUGUGUGUGUUCAUUGGCAUUUCUUUGCUUGCACCUGAUGAAUCAAAAGUUUCCGAGACUAAAGACAGUUCUUUGGAUUCCGUCGCGUCUCCUGCCAUUUCAACAGAAAUGAAAAGAUUAGUAGCGUCUUCUGAAGAAGCAGCACACAACAAAGACCCAAGAUCUUUUGUCAAAGGAAUCCUGUUAAAGGUUACAGAUAUUCUGGUCAAGGCAAAGACUUCUUGUGCAUUAAGUCUUGGUUUUGGGGAGCAUACGAUCAAUGCAUCUUCAGUUUUUGUGAUGCCAAUGAUGUCGUCAAGAAUGAAUGGCUUCAGAGGUAAUGGACUCGAACGAGCAAGAAUUUUAUCGAUGAGAAAUCCUGGUUGGAGCAAGAUACCUAUGGAUGAAGAUGUAACUAAAUUGCUUGAAACUAGUGCAAUUGUUCCUUCUAGCCCUUGA